AUGAACUCUGCACUUUAUUCGGUAAAUCUUUCAGCAUCACGAUGCUUCUAUCUUCCAAACAUUGCACUGGUCGGGGGUACAUACGAUGAAUUCAAUGCAAAUGAUAUUAAGAGAUGUUGCAUAGCAUGUGCUCAGGAUCAUUGCUGUCUUGGCUAUACAUACAGUAAAACAAGAAAGCGAUGUUAUUUGAAGUCAGCAAUGUCCGACUCCGAAAUCAAUUAUGAAGCAAUUAGUGGUUUAAAAGCGAAUACUCACUCAGGCACAUAUUUUUCAUUUGAGGAAAGUCUAAAACAAGACAAUAUGGGACAGGGUUCAUUUUUGAAAAAUGUGAAAAUAGAAGGUGGUGCAACAGCGGCAGUACUUUUUAGGAAGCCUGAAGAAUGUCAGCAGUAUUGUACAGCCUAUGGGAUAUAUUCAUGGAGUCCACCAUCUCCAGAAGAGGAACAAGAAGAAGGACAUUGUGUAUGCAUGACACGCAUUCAAUCACUUCAGUAUUCAUAUGGAUCCCGUUCUGCCAUAUUUCCACCUGUUGCAUCAAUCAAUUGA